AUGUCCACCCGGCGGCUGCGCGUGUGCUGCGUGUGCGCCUCGAACCAAAACCGGAGCAUGGAGGCCCACCGGGAGCUAGCGCAGCGCGGGUACGCGUCGGUGCGCUCGUACGGCACGGGCAGCUCAGUGAAGCUGCCCGGACGCACCGCCAUGGAUCCGGUCAUCUUUCCGUUCAACAUGCCGUACGAGCAGAUGCGCGCCGAGCUGCAGAGCCGCGACGCCGCGCUGUACACCGCCAACGGCGUCCUGGCCAUGCUGGAUCGCAACGCCAUGAUCAAGCAGGCCCCCGAGCAAUGGAGGGACGCCCGCGAGAGGUUUGAUGUCAUUAUCACGUUCGAGGACCGCGUCUUCAGAGCCGUGGUCGACGACUUUGUUUCGAAUCGCGCUCCGUCAGUCUUCGCUCCGGGUUAUGUUAUUAACUUGGAAGUUAAGGAUACACAUGCGGCUGCCGCUGAAGGCGCGAAGCUUGCAGUCGAGUUGGUCGAGGAAAUUGACAAGUGCGAGAAUAUCGAUGCUUAUAUUUAUGAUGUUAUUGCAAAGCUCGAAGCUAAGCAUGGACAGCAAAUUAUGGCCGUGCCAGUCUUCUGUUGAAAAACCCACGCCCUUACAAAAUCGCCGCCUAUUUGGACAGUCGUUGUUCUCAUCCGUGACACCAGACAUCUCAUACGGCAAUGCUAAAAAAAAAUCAAACCCUUUGUGAAUGACAACUAACUAUGUUCUUGCUACUUCCGUCGCAUUGAAAUACUGCAGACAGUUGGUCUUUUGUAUUAGGGCGAUGGCGGGUGUUGGCGUCACUAAGUAUGCGUGUGAUACGCUGCUGGUCUGAUACCCCGGUGCUAAAAGCGAAAUUGUCCCAUUACGCCAACGGGCUGCCCUUAGGUCUACACAUGACAUGUCUCAAGUGAUUAUCCACCAGUUUCCCACUCGCCCUACACUUGAGCACAAGCGAACAUGACAAACUCUACGCCGUGUCGCAUGAGGUGAGUAGCAGGUGGCGGCAUUAGAAUGCGGGGCAUCUGUGAUGUGCAGCACAUCAUUAUGUGUGCUAUACGCUCAUUUCAUUUGGGUUGCGGGCAAGGCAGAAGCCAAUGUAGGUACUGUGCCAUACUUCAAGAACUGUUUUGGGUAAGAUCACGUUUAUACCGUGUCAAGCUCUCCGGUGCGUCUCUGUUAACCCGUAGCAUCCGCACGACAUCGGCGUGUGAGUGCUCUGCCUGUAACUGAUGGGCACCUGUAAGCGUUGGUAGGAUCAAGAUGUCCCCUUUUGUCGUCGCUGGAAAUCGCGUUUAUUAGCAAUCCCCUGGUUGCCCGCGUGGAUGGAAUCGGAGACCUUGGUGGUUGUUUCCGCUGUCAAAGCGUGUCGAGGGAAUCGUCUGCGAGACGAGACGCUCCAGGCCGUGAACAGGGGGAAGGUAUCCAUGACAGUGGAGAGAUUUGUUGUGGUUUGCGAAUGCGCGGAGAUCCCAAAACGUGAACGGCAGUCAUGUCGUGUAAUGUAUGCGAGUGUGUCAUGGUGUGGAAUUUGGGAAAAAAUGGUUUCGGCAGUGCAGAGUAAAACGGAUUUUCAUUACCACCAUGUAUGAGGCGGACGACCACGAGUCGAUACUGACAAGAAAGGUGUGCACUGAUGAGAGGAGAACCAUAGCUGGAGCAGGUUGCGAGUGGAGCGAAUGCUGCAGUUUAGGAACGCGGUAUGAAGCCGUCAUGAAGUGCCAUGAAAAGGUUGCUCCACGCUGAACAGCGCGUUGGAAGUAGGCACCAGCAAGCACUGUUGCUCUGCCACAAUAGUUUUUAAUGAACAUGUACACCUAUGUAGCG